UAUUUCGCAGGAAAACUAUUUCCUGUAAAUCGGUCGGGACAUCAAUGUACACUUAUGUUAAAACAUUUAGUUAAAAUUGUUUGUAGGAUAUUUGAAUAAUAAUUGAGUAAAUAUCAUGACCACCCUUUCAGAAUCAGAACAGGAAAAGCGUCAAAAGACCAUGUUCAUUGGCAGAGUACUGCGAGCUAUACGUGUAAAGCUGCUCACGAAAAAGGGAAAGGACAUUUUGGAAACAGACUCUAGUUUGAAAAGCACGAAGAAAACAGACCGAACAGACUCCUUAUCAUCAAAAUUUGAUUUUGACGAAGACUGUUCAGAUAUACUCGAUUUGAGUGACGAAGAUACGACUAGUUUAUCUGGUGGUCAGUUAGUAUUUAUAGAUGAUGAUGAUGAUGAUGAUGAUGAUGAUGAAGAGGAUACACACUAUUUCGACGAAUGUCCAAAAGAAGUAAACGAUAAAGAGGAGGAGGAACAAACAUGCAAUUCGUGAUGAAAAAAUUCCAUGAUAAAGAUGUGAUACAAAUGUCUUCCGAAGACAAAUAU